UUUUAUUAUAGAUCUUAGCGGGGACACUUCUCUGACGUCGGUAUUUACAAAGGAAACAGCGAAAUACCAAAACAACGCGCAAAAUCGAACAAAUUAAAGCACGCGCACGGAAUAGCGCACCACAAUAUAUAUCGAGAUCUUACGGAUAACAAGUCAUUCGACAAAUAGUAGAGUUGCGAAGAACAAUGUUCUGAAGCUUAAGGUGCGGGAAACAGGCCUAAUUAUGCUCUUUACACUGCCAUAUCAACGUGCACGUCAUCGAUGUAGUCCAGGAAAUAAGAAAUGAAUUCAUUAAGAAUUGAUAAAUGCGAUCCGAUAACUUGUAACCGCCAACUCACGUUUGACCGUCAUCCAGGGUGGUAUAGAGGCUCACAUCGAUACAAUACUUCAUUCUCAAGGGCAACGAAUUGGUCUAUGAAAUUCGUCCCAUUUUUUAACGUUUUUUUUAAACGUGACAAAUUAAGAGGAUCAUAUAAUGGUGUAAAGCAAAACGCUGGUGUAAUAUUAGAAAGUGUGCAAGAUGGGUCAGCAUUACAGGCUGGGAAAUCAAACUUUCAAGAUCUCUUUUGAAGUAGCCGAUUUUACUCAAGGCGAUUCGUAGCGUUUAUUAAAUUUUGUGACGUUGUAUUAAAGGAGGACCAUUUGUCAAAAAGGAGGUUCACCAAGUAAGAAAUUGAGUAAAAGGUGUUAGCUACAUUGUGAAAACACAACGAGAUAAUGACGCCUACUCUCGACAAGGCCGAAUACAUACCUCUCCUCGUCAUCUCGGUUCUAGUAAUCGUCGCAAACGCUCUAAUCUGUGUGGUGGUGUUUACCAAGAAAACCAUGCAGACUUACACUAACGGCUUUGUAUGCUCUCUUGCCGUAUCGGAUGGGUUAAUAGGCGCAGUUCUACUCCCCAUGCGUCUCGCCGAUGUCAAAGGAGAUAUACAAGGUUACAUUGUGUGUAUUUGUUUACUCGCUGGUGUAGCGAACGUUGGGAUUGUGACUUUGGAUCGCUACAUUGCGGUGUUUAAGCCCUUUCGGUACGAAACAAUAAUGCAGAAGUACUUCGUAACUAUUCUCCUGGUUGCCUGGUUGACAGUGAUUACAGUUUCUCUACUACCUGUCUUCUGGUCCGCGCAUUCAGCUAUCCAUACCAUUUACGUCCUCUGCGUCCAGGGGACCUUCGUAAUCUUCCCCUAUUUUCUCGUCUUCGUCUCCUAUUUCCUUAUCUUCAGACAGGUUCGGAAGGCUGUCAAAACGGAGAAGCAGCUGAGUCUUUCAGUGGUUCUUAACUCGCAAGGAAAAUGCUCAGUUAAAGCUAAACAUAGUAUGCGCGUGUCGAAUGUUUCUGAGCGAAAAAUUGCGCGCUUAUCGAUAAUUAUCGCUGCGACUUUCUUCCUGACAUGGCUUCCAGUAGAGUGGUUGACAUUCAUGUUCUACACAAAGCAAUUCUGGUUGAUUCCCGAUCAUCUUUCGCUUAUUUCUUUGUACACUAUAGCGCUUGGGGCCCUCGUCGACCCUAUGGUUUACUCCUUUAUGAAGCCAGAUUUCAGGAGUGCCAUAAAGAGCAUAAUUCGACGUAAAAUCGCAGGUGUCUGUGGACUUCGCGCGGAAGCUAGGGAACUAAAUGUCUGUUAAUAAAGGGCACCACGAAAAAAAUCCAGAAUACCAAGACUUGACAUAAAAUCCUAGGUGUAUGUGGAGUUAUAGCGAACAUUCUGGGGAAUUGAAACAUGGAACAUCUAUUUAUAAUAGCUACAAUAAGUGGGGGGGGGGGGGGGUGAAUAGGU